UCGACUUCGCGUGUUCCGCGUGAGAGGGGGUAGUUUUGAACGAGUCGCUAAAGAACUUGGUCGCCUCCUUCGACGACGCCUUCCUGUCGGAUCCGAGGUCACACCUUCUCGCCGGUCUUCUGUUGGAUCGGAAGGAACAAAGACGACGGGAGCUUGCUCCUUGCGAAGUAUUUAGCUUAAAUCCUGUAUCCAAACAGCCCCGACCUCUCUCAGUUCGUGGGUUUUAUAAUAUCCCAAUCUCUCUCUUCCCGCAUCACUUGCUGGUCGACACCGACGUUUUCUGCCUUCUUCAAAAAUGUCUUCUCUUGCUGCUGCCAGAGCUGAUAAUUUUUACUACCCACCAGAAUGGAGUCCAAAAAAGGGUUCUUUGAACAAGUUUCAUGGUCAACAUGCACUCAGGGAGAGAGCAAGAAAGAUCGACCAGGGUAUUCUGAUUAUAAGAUUUGAAAUGCCCUUCAAUAUCUGGUGUGGUGGAUGCAAUUCCAUGAUUGCUAAGGGUGUGAGGUUCAAUGCAGAGAAAAAGCAAGUGGGAAAUUAUUAUUCCACUAAGAUAUGGAGCUUCACUAUGAAGUCUGCGUGCUGCAAGCAUGAGAUUGUUAUACAUACAGACCCAAAGAACUGCGAGUACGUGAUAAUAAGUGGGGCUCAGCGCAAGACAGAGGAUUUCGAUGUUGAAGACGCUGAAACAUUUGCUUUUCCAGCAGAUGAAGUUAGAGGCAAGCUUUCAGAUCCAUUUUACCGGCUUGAACAUCAAGAACAGGACCUGCAGAAGAAGAAGGAAGCUGAGCCAUGGUUAGUGCGUCUUCAGAAAGUUUCUGACAGCAGGCGCUCCAAUGACUACAGCCUAAACAGAGCUCUCAGGGAUCGCCUGAGGGGUCAAAAGAAGAAGAUUGGUGAAGAAGAGCAAGUUGCAAGAAAAAUGGGCCUAGGCAUCCGGCUUCUCCCUCCAUCAUCAGAAGAUGCGGAAAGUGCAGCUGCAGCUAGAUUCUCUUCUAAAUUCGAAAGAAAUCGCAGGGACAAGCGAGCAGCUAUUAAAGCUUCUUCCAUCUUUGAUCAACCUUCCACUGCUUCAGGAAGCAAAGUCUCGGAAAUUCAGUUAAAGAGAAGAAAAAUCAAUGCCUCUUCAGCAUCUGCGCUGAUAGCAGGCAGGGUUAAGCCUUCCUCACGGCAGCUUCAGAAUCAGGUCUCUGUAAAUGGGUCUUCUUUAGUCAGGACAAGAAGAUGAUUUUGCUUUCAUGGCUUUGGGGUUGGGGCCAGAAAUAAGAUGAUCUAUGGCUGAGUAGUUGUCGAAGUAAAUAAUCAAUGGAUUUAUGUAGAUAAUCAAAAAGAGAAUGAUGUGAACUAUUGCUAUUCGAAUUAAAUAGGUUUGUUUCCAAUCGAGAAUCUCAUUUUUCAAUCCAAAAUCUCCAAUUGAAUUU